AAAAUAAUAUGUAUUUGCAUGGUUGUAAGCUUUUUUGCCGUUGCAUUGUGGGAAAAAGAAAUUAUUGGCCUCUUUUCCGAAACUCUCAACAAGCAUGGGAGCUAAAAAACCAGACCCUAAACAAGGGUCCAAAGGGGGCGCAAAGCAGCCAGCUAAAAAGAAGGAAGGCGGAGGAAAGGCCAAGAAGAAGAAGUGGUCCAAAGGAAAGGUCAGGGACAAGUUGAACAAUUUGGUAUUAUUUGACAAGGUUACUCUUGAAAAAUUCAGGAAAGAAGUACCUAGCUACAAACUGAUCACACCAUCAGUAGUGUCAGAAAGACUGAAAAUCAGAGGUUCCCUAGCCAAGAAAGGAUUGUUAGAUUUACACAAGGAAGGAAAAAUCCGCAUGGUUUCCAAGCACCACUCUCAAUGGAUCUUUACCAGAUCCACUACUGCAGAAGAGGCUGAAGAAGCUGCAACAGCCGCUGCAGAAGCUAAAGAAGCUGACAAAGCAGAAAAAGCAGAAAAAGUUGAGAAGGGAGGCAAAGGAAAGAAGAAGGCAGAAAAAGCAGAGAAAGCCGAAAAAUAAAAACUUAAUAGCCCCUAAUUGUUUACUUUGUAUAAUAGCAGUGAUCAGUCCUGUCGUCCAUAUUAAUGAUGGUAUUUUAGUGCCAUGUAACUGCAUUCUUCUAAAUACUAGUCUAAAGAUUAAUAUUCCAAUAUGAUUGAAGCUAGCACUGUUAGGCACUAGUCAAGCAUCUUAUUAGUGGCUACACUGUCAAUUAAAGACCAUUGUAUCCAGGCUAGGACAGAAAGAAAUUGUCUACUGUUUCUUAUUUCGGUUUACUGUAAACAAAUUUAUUUUUGCUGAAAGUUUA